AUGGAAGAAGAAGUACAAGCUGUAGUAAUUGAUAAUGGAUCAGGUAUGUGUAAAGCUGGAUUUGCAGGUGAUGAUGCACCACGAGCUGUAUUUCCAUCGAUUGUAGGCAUGCCAAAGCAUUUAGGUAUUAUGGUAGGUAUGAAUCAAAAAGAAGCUUAUAUUGGUGAUGAAGCGCAAGCAAAACGUGGUGUCUUAGCAUUAAGAUAUCCCAUUGAACACGGUAUUGUCACGAAUUGGGACGAUAUGGAAAAAAUCUGGAGUCACACCUUUUAUAAUGAGCUCCGAGUAGCACCGGAAGAACAUCCAGUGCUACUUACUGAAGCUCCUUUAAAUCCAAAAGCAAAUCGAGAACGUAUGACACAGAUUAUGUUUGAGACGUUUAAUGUACCAGCAAUGUACGUGAAUAUUCAAGCAGUGCUAUCGUUAUAUGCUUCUGGACGAACAACGGGUUGUGUCCUGGACUCUGGUGACGGAGUUUCACACACAGUACCCAUCUAUGAAGGAUAUGCAUUGCCACAUGCCAUUAUGCGGCUUGAUAUGGCUGGACGUGAUUUGACGGACUAUAUGAUGAAGAUUUUGACUGAACGUGGCUAUUCGUUCACUACAACGGCGGAGCGCGAAAUUGUGCGGGAUAUUAAGGAGAAAUUGACGUAUGUCGCCAUGGAUUAUGACGAAGAAAUGCAGAAAGCGACACAGUCGUCAGCAUUGGAUAAGACGUAUGAACUGCCGGACGGAAAUGUUAUUGUAAUUGGCAGCGAGCGAUUCCGUACGCCAGAAGUGCUAUUCAAUCCCUCCAUGAUUGGUCGCGAGUGCUCGGGUGUCCAUGGCUGUGCUUUUCAAACGAUCAUGAAGUGCGAUGUCGAUAUUCGACGAGACUUGUACAAUAAUGUCGUGUUGUCGGGAGGUUCGACGAUGUUUCCAGGUAUUGGUGACCGUAUGACGAAGGAAAUGACGAAACUAGCACCAGCUGCGAUGAAAGUCAAGAUUAUUACGCCACCUGAGCGUAAGUACUCGGUCUGGAUUGGAGGCUCUAUCUUGGCUUCGCUGUCUACGUUCCAGCAUAUGUGGAUCUCAAAGACGGAGUAUGACGAGUCGGGUCCAUCCAUUGUUCACCGCAAGUGUUUUUAA